GUGGCGUGCGAACCAAAACCAGGUGUCACCUUGGGUGCGUGCAUGGAAGACAAGAGGGCAAACACAAGCUGAGAUACGGCGGAAGGCAACAAGAACGGCCGCCUUCGCCUCCGUUCAUCUCUAUCCCAGAUACUACUAGCGAGCACGCCAUGGAGCAAACCGAGGCGGCGGUGAGCGGCGCGCUUGGAGCGGGAGUGGAAGGUGGCGACAAGACGGCGAGGAAGGCGCUGAAGGUGGUGGCGGCCGUGGACGCGAGCGAGGAGAGCCUGCACGCGCUGUCGUGGGCGCUGGACAACGUCGUGCGGUGCCACCCGGACGCGACGCUCGUCGUCGUUCACGCCCAGCACGCCGCCGACCACUUCGCCUACCCCGUCGCCGCGCACGGCAUCGUGUACGCCCCGUCCUCGGCGGUGGAGUCCGUGCGGGCGGCGCAGGAGGAGAGCUCCCGCAGGGUCGUGGCGCGCGCGCUGGACAUCUGCAAGGAGAGGCAGGUGGACGCCACGGGGGCCGUCGUGGAGGGCGACGCCAAGGAGGCCAUCCGCCAGGCCGUGGAGCGUAUGCAGGCCGGGCUUCUCGUCCUCGGCAGCCGGGGCCUCGGCGCGAUCAAAAGGGCGUUCCUGGGCAGCGUGAGCGACUACCUCAUCCAUCACGCCUGCUGCCCGGUGCUGGUCGUCAGGCCCAGGCCGACCAAGUGAACUCGCCUAUCGUUCUCGAGCAGUACUCCAGUCAUGUACGCAGUGCCCUGUGCCGCUGCGCGGUCAGUAAUACCAGUAUAUGUAUGCUCAUAGAAAAAAAAUGUAGAAAACUGAAUAAAGAACCUAUGCAUGGUUGUAUCUGCACAAAUUAUCAACGCGCCUCCUUGCCUGCACUUCCGAACUUUGCCGUUAUCACCAAAGAAUUAAGACAGGACUGCAA